UAAGAGGCGACAAACUGUGCGACAAGAGGCGCUUUUCGGGGCGCUUGACUCGGCAAGGAAGGAAAAGAAAGAAUUCUUCUGCCGUUAUACUCUGUAAUUGGGGAGAGAUAACCGUGUAAUCAAAUCAAAACAAACGAACUUUCGCCACAGGAAAAAGUUUCAAGUUAUUUCUAUGGUUUGAGUUAGGCGAGAAGAGCGGAUUUUUCGCUGAAGAACAAAAAGGUUUCGGCUAUUACCUCAUCGGCCAUCUUGUUAAAGCGAAACUAUGGCUUUUGCAUCUGGAUCGCCAGCCCCGUUACGGGACGUUAAACUGGUCCAGUUUGGAGUAUUAAGCCCCGAUGAGAUUGUACGUAUACUUUUAGACUAACUUUAGACGGUCGCCUAAGCUAUUUUAAUCGUUCUCUUGCUUUACCACGUUGUGAGUCGAAUACCAAGUCGAUCGACUCAUGCGUGUUUUUUUAAGUUUUAUGGUUGGCGAUAAAGUGACCCAUUCGAUGUUGUUUUGCCUAACUGGACUGUUAUUUACCUAGUUUUCGUUUUUUCGACAGAAACAAAUGUCUGUUACUACUGAAGGAGGCAUCAAGUACUCGGAAACGAUGGAAGGUGGACGACCAAAGUUGGGCGGCUUGAUGGAUCCGAGACAAGGAACUAUCGACCGCUUCUCUCGCUGCCAAACGUGCGCUGGAAACAUGACUGAAUGCCCCGGUCAUUUUGGACAUAUAGAGCUAGCCAAACCAGUGUUCCAUGUUAGCUUCUACAAGAUGAUAAUAAAGUGCUUAAGAUGUGUUUGCUUCUACUGUUCAAAGCUUCUGGUUGACGCGGUAUGGAACUCGUUUUUGCUUCGCUUUCAAAAUGGCUUACUCCUCCAGAGGGCAUGGGCCGAGGUCAGACGUGAACCUUGGCGGGGAUAGGGUAGGGAACGUUAGAGAGGCGUAGGGGAAGAGUCGUGAAAUUUUGUUUGUUUGAAUAAGCUGGCAACCUAGAUUAGGUUAAUGGCAAUUUAACAAUAAUAAUGUAUUUUUCAAUGGCAAUAAAAGUUGUUCGUAGUAAAAAUUAACUGAUUUGUUAUUUUUUUUUAUCCAGCAUAAUCCCAAAGUGAAAGAUAUAGUGGCAAAAUCAAACAACCAGCCACUAAAACGUCUUCAACACAUCUAUGACUUGUGCAAAGGGAAGAAAAUUUGUGAAGGAGGAGAUAUUGUUGAUGAGAAACAGCCAGGCCAGGAAAAUGAUGAAACUGAGAAGAAAAUGGUAAGUACACAUAUGUUAGCUUCUAGAUGGCAAUUGAACUUGUGACCUUCUGUUCACUUGUUGGGUGCUCUAACCAUUGAGUUACUGAGAACUCAGUGGUGAGUAGUUCAAUUAACGGGUUGAUAUAAGUGCUACAUAGCUUGAGUAAACAGCCAACAUUUUGUGGCCACCACUGGUUUCCAUGCGAAAAAACGUCUGUGGAAUGACUGCAGUAAUUCCAUACUGAUGAUGUGUUGUGUCACUACCCAGAUCUGGGUAGUGACAUGUCAAUAGUAUGGAAUUUCUUUGGUCAUUCCUUGAAUGUCAUUUUGUGGGGAAACAGUUGGUGGCAUCGUGAAAUGUUGGCUGUUCUCCCAGGCAAACUGCCCUUCUCAGUCACGUAACUACUCUCUUAGUGGUUUUAAAUAGAAGAGGUACUGUUUCUUUAAAACAGAAUCAUGGUGGUUGUGGUAGACACCAACCCCAGAUCAGACGCAGUGGUUUGGACCUUACAGCAGAAUGGAAAGAAGUAAAUGAGGAUUCACAAGAGAAGAAGAUUCCUCUUACAGCAGAACGUGUUCAUGAGAUAUUUAAAAGAAUCACAGAUGAGGAAUGUGAGAUUCUGGGCAUGAAUCCCAAGCACUCACGCCCUGAUUGGAUGAUUGUGACUGUGCUGCCAGUCCCUCCUUUGGCUGUAAGGCCUUCUAUUGUUAUGAGUGGUUCUGCUCGUAGCCAGGUAAAUUGCUAGUUACAGUAAUACCAAAAAGGCCCUGUAAGAAGCUUUGAUUUUUUGUUUGUGUUUAGUGUUAAAAUAAAAAAAUGAUUGUUGUUCUGAUGAAUGACAUAUUUAAAAGUUGUGCUGUAGGGGCUCACAAGGUCUGGCCAGCAUUUGAAUUUUGUGGAAAAAACUAAAAAGCCAUCAGGUAGUGUCAGAGCACUAUCUUAGGCUUUUUUGUUAUCAAAAGAACUAUUUCACACUAAUAUUAGUUUAAGAAAUGGAUACAAAUUCUGAUUGUUUAAGGCAUAACUAGAUACUUAAAUCAUUCAUACUAAACAUUAUAUUAAUUUUUUUAAUCUCUUCAGGAUGACUUGACUCACAAACUAGCGGACAUAGUAAAGGCAAACAACAAUCUUCGCAGAAAUGAGCUCAAUGGUGCUGCAGCUCACAUCAUUUCUGAAGAUACCAAGAUGUUGCAGUAUCAUGUUUCUACAUUUGUAGACAAUGAAAUUCCUGGCUUACCGAGGGUCAGUUUAUUAAUUUUCAUUCUGUUUCAGUUUUUUAUUAGAAAGUGUUACUUGAUGGAAAUGAGUUUCCCUAUUCCAUGUAACUUAGUUCCAUAUAAGUGAUCAUUUAGAGAAAUGUUUUACAAACCCAACUUGCUAAAGAGAUUUUUGUUCUUUAUUCUCACAGGCCAUGCAAAAGUCUGGCCGCCCACUGAAAUCAGUAAAACAGAGACUAAAGAGCAAGGAAGGGAGAAUCAGAGGAAACCUAAUGGGAAAGCGAGUUGACUUUUCUGCCCGUGCUGUCAUUACGCCUGAUCCUAACUUGUCUAUUGACCAAGUUGGAGUUCCCAGAACCAUUGCUCAGAAUCUGACCUUUCCAGAGAUUGUCACUCCAUUUAACAUUGAUAGGUAACUGCAGUUGUAGUAAUUUGGAAUGAAAAAAGAAUUAUUUCCUUUUAACCAAGUAAAGUGAAUGCACUUAUGCAGGUUGAAGUGCUCUGCAGUACUUAACUGUAAUCUUUUUGUCUUUUGAUUAUCAGCAUGCAAGAGUUAGUGCGUCGAGGUAACAGCCAGUACCCUGGUGCUAAGUACAUUAUCAGAGACAAUGGCGAGAGAAUUGAUCUCAGGUUUCAUCCAAAACCAAGUGAUCUGCAUCUUCAGUUUGGGUACAGAGUGGAGCGACACAUCAGAGAUGACGACGUUAUUAUUUUCAAUCGUCAGCCUACUCUUCACAAAAUGUCCAUGAUGGGACACAGAGUCAAAAUCUUGCCUUGGUCAACCUUCAGACUUAAUCUCAGGUAUGAAUUCACUUGUCAGCCAAAUCAUUUAUGGGAGCUCAAAUUAGAAUCUUGGGCACAUUUGUCUGAUAGUAUGAUUGUAGGAGUCUGAUACUGUGAUGUUAACCUCUUUAUUAGAGACUGUAGACGUAAAGGGUUGAAAAAGGAUAUAGAUUAAAUUGAAGAAUAUAUUAUAAAAUCCUUUAAGAAUCAAUCGAGGGUUGUUAUGUCAAGGCAGUCAGUGAGAAAUGCUCCUCAAAGCAGUGAAAUUGAGUGGUACCUGGAGAUACUUUCUUUGUUUAUUGCAUUUUAGUGUUACCACUCCAUACAAUGCAGACUUUGAUGGUGAUGAAAUGAACUUGCAUGUGCCACAGUCCUUGGAGGCUCGUGCUGAGAUCACCGAGAUCAUGAUGGUACCAAGGAACGUUGUUACACCUCAGUCAAACAAACCAGUCAUGGGUAUUGUACAAGACUCUUUGAUGGCAGUCAGAAGAUUUACCAAAAGAGAUGUGUUCCUUGAAAAGGUCAGUUUCUGUCAUAUGUGCAAACUAGUGUUAUUGAGGGAGAUACAAUUAGGGAUACAGCGGUUUCAAUAAGCACUGACGGCUGAUGAAACGCAUCAGUUACUUUGCUCAUAGAAGUAAGCUACUUUUUUCUAGAAAGAAGAAGCAUCUUGUUUGAAUAAUGUUGUAAGCAAAAAAUAUAUCAUAAAAUCUGAAUGAAAACGUAAUUAUGAUGUGUUUUCAUAAAGACACACUUGUUUUACAUUAUGCUUUAGUCAUGUGAACACUUUAUUUCAUUCAAAUGUUCACAAGUUUCUUUAUAGGUUUAAGCAGAAUUUGUUAACUUGGCCAAACAAUCUUGGUCAGUAAUGCAUUUUCCUUUUGGUUAUAGGAGGGUAAGGUAGAUGACAUGUCCUACCUUAUUCUUUUUUAAUUACCUUUGUCUGCUAGGUGUGCAAGAUCCUUGCUGUGGAUUAUUGCACGUUAUAAAUUUUAAAAUAUUACCAUGUUCAAAUGUAGCACCAUUUUUAUGAUUUACACGCUUCCUUAGAUCCGUUCUUGGAGUGACACAACCUGUGCACUUUUGCAUUGUCUUCAGUGUUACUGUGGUUUUGCUUAAGUGUGUCAGUGUGUUUCUCAACAGCGCUCAGCUGCAGAUUGGGAACGCUUGAGUCAUGAGUGUGUGAGAGCAAUCUACCUCUCUGUGAUGCCAACAUGCCUUCUGAAUGUCAGCCUACUGAUUGCACCAGUGCAUUAGGGCUGUGUUUUUGUUUUAGUAAGGCGGCAUUACAAGGGACAAUCAUGUUUACUUGCAUUUACAUGUGUGACCUUCUUUGGGAAAACGUACACUAACGAUAUUUCGUUAAACGGUUAGACCGUUAGCUGUCCGUUAGUCAUCCGUUAGAUGAUUCAAUGAAAAUCGUUAGAGGCGUUAGGCAAUUCGUUAGCAACUCAUCCGUAGCCGUUAGAGCGUUAGUUGUAUCCGUUAGAGGUGUUAGUCAAUUCGUUAGCAACUCAUGUAUAUCCGUUAGAGCGUUAGUUGUAUCCGUUAGAGCGUUAGUCCAGGAAACUAAAGCGUUAACUGACGAUUCUAUUGCUUUGCAAGGCCGCUGCCUUAUAGGCGCCCUGUCGUCAGAGGUUUCUACGAUUAAUUUUAUUCGCCCGCGGGCGACCGAAAUUAUAAACAAGGAGCCCGCAUCGGGCACCUGAAACUAGUGAUUCUUGCCAAACCCGUUUCCCAACGUCCAGUGAACGAACGACACAAUUCCCUACCCGUUCUACGCUUUUGAAACGAAAAAUUAAUAUCAAAAUGCUUGGUCGUCGGCUGUAGGCAAAAGAUACCGACGAUAAGAAGUAAACAAACAAGCACACGUCUUGAAAUCCGCUUCUCUGCAGACUUCCGCUAAUUGAUCUCGAAUGAAUUGAAUGGUUGCAGGAAAACCUUCGGUAUAAAAGUCCUAAAUAACUGAGGCUCUCUAGUAAUUAAAAAAGUCUACAAUCAUUCAAUACAGCUUUUAUUCAUGUGUUGUCCGUCACACAACGCUUCACUGCGUAUUCAAAUUCCCGGGAGUCAAAUUUCAACCGAAAUUUGCAUAAAGUUGUUUACGAAACCGAUACGGCAUCUUGUUGAAAAACUUUCAUCAGACAUCGAGGGGCUUGCUUGAUAUAGUUUUUGGAAACAUUACAGUCCCAAGUCAAGAUACGUGUUUGCAAACAGUAGUUCUUGUCAAUACGAUGCAGUAGAAGUUUCAUUCCAGGAGAAAUUGGACGGCCUGUUUUGAAGCGCAGUCGUUUCGAGAGCAAGUCGAUUUCGAUUAUUAUUUUACUCGUUGAUCACAUCACUAGUGAUUUUGAUGCUUUCAAUUUUCAGCCGUUUAUCGAUCGACAGCUGUACUUAAAACUUUCGCUCAAUACAUUGAUAACAACAAGAUGAACUAACCAGCCGUUAAUAGAUUGCUUAAUAGGGAAUAGCGCUCGAUUACUUCCACCAAUUCAACUGUUAGAGUGUUAGAACAAACCGUUAGAGCGUUAGAACGAACCGUUAGAGCGUUAGAACAAAUCGUUAGAGCGUUUGGACAAAUCGUUAGAACGUCAGAACAAACCGUUAGAACGUUUGGACAAACCGUUAGAACGUUAGAAAAGCCGUUAGCUAUCCGUUAGCUAUCCGUUAGUUUUCUAACGAUAACGAAAUAUCGUUAGUGUACGUUUUCCCAAAGAAGGUCACAUGUAUCUUUAAAUCAUUAGCCCAGUGUUCUCACCAGGCCGCGGCCUUGCGGGAUUCCCGCAAGAAAAACUGAAAUGGCGCAUUAAAACCAAGAAGAUGCGCCCGUUAGGACACAGGGGCAAGCUACGAGUCAAACGGACUUAAGUAGUUUUAAUGGUCAACCUAACACUAAAGCAUUCUGUUUGUUUGAAUAAAUAAAAAACAUGAUAUCAAAUGAGUCAAAGUCUUUAAUUUUGUUGCCUUUACUUUCAUUGGUCCCACGCAAGUCCCACUACAUCGUAAACUCCUCCUCCGAAUCGUAAACACCUCUUCCGCCAUAUUGGAUCAGGUAGGUACUUCAUGUAACAGACAAUUUGGAGUGCGGGCUCAGGUUCUUCGUAACGCGUGUUUUUUGUAACUUUGUUCCCCUAAUGUUCUUACAGGGCCCCUGUUUCUCAGAAGAGGGGGCCCUGGGACUCCCCAAGGCAAAAUCCUGGUGAGAACACUGUUAGCCAUACCUUCUUUCCUUUUUCAUUUUAAGUGAAUCAUAAGUGAACAUUCACUUUAUCUUCAGGACACAAUGAUGAAUCUGAUGAUGUGGAUUCCAGACUGGGAUGGCAAGAUCCCACAGCCCGCUAUCCUAAAACCCAAGCCUCUGUGGACAGGCAAACAGAUCUUCAGUUUGAUCAUCCCUGGAAAUGUGAACAUGGUCCGCACUCACAGUACUCACCCUGAUGAUGAGGAUAGCGGUCCAUACAAACACAUCUCUCCUGGAGAUACCAAGGUACUGAUUGUUUUUAUCUCUUUUCAAACUAUGGAGGAGCAAGUGUCACUAACAUUUAAAAAAAGUGUCAGAAAGGUGGUAACAUCCCUGUCUAACAAUUUGCCAUUUUAAAGAAAUUGCUGGACUCAUUUUGACUCCAGUUUCCUUCCCUUUUCUAUAGUGGCGAAUACAAGAAAUAAUAUUGUAUUGCUGCCAAUUUUUUUGUUUUCACUAGUGGAUGGAUUGUGCACCAGCCAUAUUCUUCUUUAAAAUCUUAUUAACUCUUAGUCUUAAUGCCUUUGUAAGCAAGCUUUUCAAACAAAUCUUGCCACAUUCUGGACACUUACUGGUACUAAUUGUACAGGAAUCCCUCAGUACAAGAAGGUUUGUUACUCUCAAGCGCUUUUUGUGUUAUUAACAUCAUAUGGUUGUUAUUACACAGGUUUUGAUUGAGCAUGGUGAACUUAUCUCUGGUAUAUUAUGUAAGAAAUCACUGGGAACCUCUUCAGGCAGUUUGGUCCACAUUGUUGCCGUUGAACUUGGUCAUGAAGUUGCUCGUUGUUUCUAUGGCAACAUUCAGACUGUUGUAAACAACUGGACCCUGAUUGAGGGCCAUAGCAUUGGUAUUGGUGACUGUAUUGCUGACAGUGAAACCUAUGAGGAAAUCCAAAGGGUGACAAAGAAAGCUAAGGUAAUCUGCAAGACCUGUCCUGUUCUUGUGAAAUACGAUUGUAGGCCGUAUAGCAGUCACACAAAUCAUUUGCGCAUGAUGUCACAGUGGCCAUAAAAUCGUGGUUAUGUUGGCGUAUCAAGGAAAUCCUGUGUGAGAGAUUGUACUCUUUUCUCAUUUUAAAUCUUUCAAUUCCAUAUUUUUACUCUAAAACAAUUGGAUGGUCUUGUUCCUUAAAUUUCCUCACACUAAAAUUAAUCCCAAUGUCAUUUCACAGAAAGAUGUGAUAGAUGUUAUAGAGAAAGCCCACAAUGAUGAACUGGAGCCUACACCUGGUAACACCUUGCGACAGACAUUUGAAAACCAAGUGAACCGCAUCUUGAAUGACUGUCGAGACAAGACUGGAGGAAGUGCUCAGAAGAGUUUGUCAGAAUUUAACAACUUCAAAGCUAUGGUGGUUUCAGGCUCUAAGGGAUCAAAAAUUAACAUCUCACAGGUCAGUAUGAGUCCAUGUCAUGUCUGCUGCAAUAAAAGCUGUUACUUUUAGUUUCAUCCAGUUAAAGCUAAGUUAUUCCCACUUCUGACUCUCAACUGUUUUUGUCACAUUGACAUUCCAAUUUGUUGCUCAUGGAUAUUAUUUUUGAGUGACUGUUCACGGCAGUCCAGGCUUGAGAUAAUGUUUUUUGUUUACAACCAAGUGUUAUUUAGCAGCUCUGCUUGUCUCUCCCUCCUCUAUCAGUUAGGUCAACUUGAAUAUGCCUCUGCCUCCAUCUUUUCCACUGUUUUUUUUUUAGGUUAUUGCUGUUGUAGGUCAACAGAACGUGGAAGGUAAACGGAUUCCAUUUGGUUUCCGUCACCGUACCCUUCCUCACUUUAUUAAAGAUGACUAUGGUCCCGAGAGUAGAGGAUUUGUGGAGAAUUCCUACCUUGCUGGACUGACACCAACAGAGUUCUAUUUCCAUGCCAUGGGAGGUCGUGAGGGUUUGAUUGACACUGCCGUCAAAACCAGUGAAACUGGUGAGUAAUGAUUUAACAUAGGGUUUUUGCAGGUCAUGGAAAACCUGGAAAGUCAUGAAAUUGAAGAAUUUCAUUUCUUAAAUUAUUGUUAGUUCUGGAAAGUGAUCGAAAAUUAUAGUUAUGCCAGUUAGAUUAGAUACUGCGGAUUUCAAAGUUAGGUCAGUGUAAGAUAGAGAUUAGCAAUUUAUAUUAAUGCCACAGACUUUCGUGGACACCAGAGUUUGUGUCUGUUGAACUGAGUUACCCUGAAACAGGGAAAAUUUUGAAAUAUUUGAAAGUGACAGCUGACCUGAACGUCAUGAAAAUGUUAAAAAGGUCAUGGAAAAAGUCAAGUAAAGUCAAAGAAUUUAAAGAGCCCAAAAUAGGAUGAUCUGUGCAACAGACAGAUCAUUGGUCUUGUUAUAAAUCAAGGCUUCUAGUCAAUCGGAUGAGAGCAUGUUGUUGCAAUUAUGAUUUAUCAGAGAAAUGUGUUUUUUUAUAUAGGUUAUAUUCAAAGACGUUUGAUGAAAGCCAUGGAAGGUCUCAUGGUUGCUUAUGAUGGUACUAUCAGAAACUCCAACAAUCACAUGAUACAGUUGAGGUAUGGUGAGGAUGGUAUGGACGGUGCUGCAGUCGAGUUCCAGAACAUGCCAUCAAUAAAGCCAAACAAAGCUUCUUUUGAAAAGAAAUUUCACUUUGACUGUUCAAAUGAGAGGUGAGUGUCAUGCCAAGAUGUCUGCAUGCAGAGAAAAUAAUAAGCAAUGCUAAAAAAUCUUGAUCAAAGGAAACUUCAGGAAAUAAUUCAUUUUUCACACAUUUCUUUCUGUCGUACAUGUAAAAGAAGUAGACAAGGUUUAGCAAUUUAUUUAACAAGCAUAGAGUCAUUAGUAACCUUUUUUUCUGUUUCUUAACAGGCGCCUUCGUCGCCAUCUCCAAGAAGAUGUUGUGCGAGAUUUGUGUAGCAGUGCUGCUGCUCUUCAAGAGCUAGAAACAGAGUUCAAUAAGUUGCAAGAAGACAGAGAGAUUUUACGUAGGAUCAUUCCCUCUGGCAACUCAAAAGUAAGUGUGCUCAUGAACUGAAAUUUACUGGGGUGAGCUGUGGUGUCUAGGUGCAGUUAUCUCACAGAAGAAACUGUCAUCCUUAUUAUUAAUUUCCACCUGAUUUUUGUUUCCUUAUUUCAUAGAUAAGAGAGCACUACACAGUAAUUCCUCUUUCCCAAUAAAUAAUGAAGGGCCCCUUGCAAAAACAUCCCCUGGCCCACUCGUUUCCUUUUUGGAGAGGAAGCACUCCAGUUUUUGUAUUUGUACAUUGUCACUGUGUGUUUAUCUUCUUAGAAAAAAAAGCUUGGCUCCUUUUUGUUUUUUUGUUUUUUUUUCGUUUACACAAGGUGUUUACCCAUGUUUCAGUUGACAUUGUAUUAUGUGUUAUUUUUAGGUGGCUCUUCCAGUAAAUCUGGGUCGCUUGAUUUGGAAUGCACAGAAGACUUUCCAUCUUACCAACAGAACACCAAGUGAUUUACACCCACUUAGAGUUGUUGAAGGUGUGAAAUAAUCUAAUACUAACUUAUGGUGUUUGAUAUUCUGUGUAAGAAGAACUUAUGAACACACUUACAUGUAUCCAAUUAACUUGCUUCCAAAGGAACUUUUAUGGAAAAGAAAUUUACAAAAUGUGGAAAUUUAUCAUAGUGAUAUUAGGUUAAACAGUCUUUUGAACAAUGAAAGUUCAGAUGAAACGGCUUUCUCAGAAUCAAUCUUAAAUUUGUUUCAAGUUGGUUGUGCUCUCGGAUGGUGUUACACGUGCUAUCAGACUUAAAUUAAGUCUGUUAUUAACAAGGCUGUGCUCUAAGGAAAAUUAAAGGGAGCCCAGUGCUCUGAAACUGUAAAAUCUAGGGUGCCCAGCAUAUGAUUUGUAUGAAAAAUCUGCGAUUUUCUAGUCGCCCAAGGGCAAAAGUUAGGCGCCAGGGGCCACCGGGCUCUGCUAGAGCACAGCCCUGAUUAAUGAUAAAAUUAAGACUCUGUGCAAAGUUUUUUAGGAGAACAACAUUUCAGAAUAUUUCUUAGAUUGUUGUUUAUGGUUGUUCUUUUUUCUAGGCAUACGUGAACUGUCCAAAAAGUUGAUAGUGGUACAUGGGGAAGAUGCCAUCAGUAAACAGGCUCAGUUUAAUGCCACACUGUUGUUCAACAUUCUUCUACGCUCAACCCUGUGUUCUAAACGAAUUGCUGAAGAGUUUCACCUAUCUUCAGAAGCUUUUGAGUGGCUACUGGGUGAGAUUGAGACCCGAUUCAACCUCUCUAUGGUAAGAAUAAAUUGCAGUUAAGUUGAAUUGGGGGCUUGUAUGGGCCAUGGAAAACCUGGAAAAUUUCAUUUUCUGGGCCUGGAAAGUCAUGGGAAAUUAAUGUUUUGUUAAUUAGUAGAUCAGUUACUACAGGUGCCAGAGCAAGGACAAUGCAGGAUAGAGACAAAAUUCAUAAAACAGUAUGAAUGGUAUGCAUUUUGAUGGACACCAGGAUUUUGUAUGUUGAACUGAGUUAGGUCAAAAAUUACCUUAACACAAGAAAUGUUUUAAAAAAUUUUCAAAAGUGAAAGCUAAACCUAUGGUCACAGAAAACUUGAAAAUUACAAGGAAAAAGUCGCGGAAAGUCAUGGAAUUUGAACAGCUCAAAAGGGUACAAACGCUGUGAAUUAUGUUCAUGCAGGUAAUGCUGUUUAUAGGAUUGUAGUACUCUACAGAUUUUGGGUUUGCUUCUCAAAUUUAGUUGUUGUUUUAUUGUUAUGUUCUCAAGGUCAAACCAGGUGAAAUGGUUGGAGCCCUGGCAGCUCAGUCCCUUGGUGAACCUGCUACUCAGAUGACCCUCAACACUUUCCAUUAUGCUGGUGUAUCAGCCAAGAACGUCACCCUUGGUGUGCCACGACUUAAGGAGAUCAUCAACGUCUCUAAAAAACCUAAGACCCCAUCACUGACAGUUUUCCUUGUGGGGCAACCUGCUAGGGAUGCUGAAAAAGCCAAGGUGAGAGCCAGUUAUUUCAUUUAGUGAAUACAAGAAGUAGCAUGUAAAUGACUUCAUCAAAAUGCAACUGUCUGAAGAUUUGUUAAUAUUUUGCAUGGUUCAGAGAAGUCUGCACAGUACCUUUUACUUGAUUCUCAGACUGAAAUAUUUGCCAGCUCAUUUAUCUUCUGCAGAUUCAUUAGUUAUAGUAUUUUCCCCUAACCUGGAUUUCAUUUUUUCUAUUUAAAGUUUUGGGUUAAUGACUGCUCCUGGUUUGGAGAAAUGAGUAGUCUUUCUCUCUUUGACAGCUGCAUAAACUUUCAUUACAUUCUACCUAAGAAUCUACUCCUACUUAGUAGCUACCUCUUGCUAAAAUUAAUGCUUUUACAGUGUACCUGAAAAUCAAGUCUUAAACCCUCUACAUGUUUUGUGUUCAUUCGGCGUGUUUGCUUUAUCCUCCAGGAUGUGCUCUGCCGGCUGGAACACACAACCUUGCGUAAGGUAACGGCAAACACAGCCAUCUACUAUGACCCAGAUCCCCAGAAUACCGUGGUGGUGGAGGAUCAAGACUUUGUCAAUGUUUACUAUGAAAUGCCUGACUUUGAUGUAACUCGCAUCUCACCCUGGCUUCUGCGUAUUGAACUUGACCGCAAGCGCAUGACAGACAAGAAACUUACUAUGGAACAUAUAUCAGAGAAAAUCAACCUUGGUUUUGGUGAUGAUCUGAACUGCAUUUUCAAUGAUGACAAUGCAGAAAAGCUUGUGCUGCGGAUUAGAAUUAUGAAUAAUGAUGAUGGCAAAUUCCAAGAGGUAACCUGCUGUUUACUUAAAUGCAAGUACAUGUAUGUUAUUUUUCUGAUAGACUAAGACUCAAUAGAAUUGCCAGCACAGGUUUUUUCUGGUGCUUUUUUCUGUUAAAGAAGAGAACUGUCUCUUAUCUCUCAUCAGAAAAUAAAAUUAUGUUAGAUAAAAAAGUCUUUUGCCAAGAGGGACCAAGGAGCACGCUCAUCCCAGAGUUACAUGUAUUUUGGUCACUUAACAGCUAUAGCUCAACUUCUUGAACAUCCUGGCAAACUAUUGUUAGAAUUGCAGCUUGCAUUGUUAUCUUUGAGAUCUAGAAGCAUGUUUUUGCAUUUCGAAUUACCUUGAACUGAUAAAAGACUACAAGAAUCUCUGAUUUUAUCCCUUAGGAGGAAGAACAACUUGACAAGAUGGACGAUGAUGUGUUCUUAAGGUGCAUUGAAGCAAACAUGCUGACGGACAUGACUCUACAGGGCAUUGAAGCCAUAUCCAAGGUUUACAUGAACUUGCCAAAUGAGGAAAACAAAAAGAGAGUUACAAUCACUGAAGAAGGAGAGUUUAAACAUAUCCAAGAGUGGAUUCUUGAAACUGAUGGUGUCUCACUCAUGAGGGUAAGUAGAAAGGACAUUAAUUUUGCCGACCAGAUCACCAUUUGAGUGAAAUAGACCUGAAAAGUUCUUUGCAAAUCUUAAACUUUGAAAUGAUAGCCCACUCAAAUCUCCAUGUGCUAUCACAUUAUGGGUGGUCACUUACAUGUAUGAGUGCUUUGAUUGUAUUUGGUAUUUGAUCAGUGAGGCCAUAAACUCCAACUGUGGGUUGAUUUUUUUUGGAAGCUGAGCAAUUUGUCGUUGGACAUUGUGAAAUAUGUAGCUCUGCUAAAAUGUUUGUUUAAAAACAUUUUAUUUUUCUGGCAAGAAACUAUGUCAAACUUGGUUUUGGAGGGCCAUGAUUGACUCAACUCAUUCUUGUUUCAUGUGAUUCGUUCUGAUCUUUCUCUUUGUUGGUUGUUAGGUCCUGAGUGAAAGAGACAUUGAUCCCAUACGUACAACUUCCAAUGACAUCUGUGAAAUAUUUUCUGUAAGUAGAUUUUUAUUUACAUGUUACUUAAAGGUUUCGAGGUCUACUUUGAAGAUCGAAUCCUAGAGGGGAUGCCAUACAUGAAUUAAAGUUGUUGUUGGUUCUUUUCCUUGUUCUGAGAGGUUUUUCUUUGAGUUCUUCGUUUUUCCCUCUUUUCAGAAACCACAUUUCCAAGUUCCAAUUCAAUCUAAAACGUAAUGACACGUUGAAAUGGGUUCCUAACAGUUCCUGGGUUGUUUUAUGUAUUAUACAUGUCAACUUGCCAUAAAUAUUAUCGCAGUAGAACGUGAGUAAACCAAGAGAACUGACAGAAACUGAGAUGAUGCUGGUGGUCUUGAGGUAGUCCUGAUGGGACAAAAUUCAAUUUUCAUUCCCUUUUGUAAGCGUGCUAGGCUUUUGUACAUUAUGCGUUGGUUUCCCCACCUUAAUGGUCCGUUUUUUCCACUAAAAUGCUUGUUGCCGCCCCCCCCUCCCCCAACAAACAAUUCCCUAAAAUACAAUUUACCUAAUAAUGCUCUUCAUUGUAGAGAGGCUUUUUCAUUGAUUUCAACGCUAACAAAAACGAAUAUACAGUAAAUAAAUGUUUUUUUUCCUUCUUCAUUGUCAAUUUUUUUCUGAAAAAGUAAUAAUUUUCUGGGAAAAUUCCGCUAAAAUACACAAUAAUGCUUAAUGCUGAAAAAGUGCUCGAAAAAAUGCAGGCAUAAUGCGCAAAAAGCCUGAAGCGUGCCUGCUUUCUCACAGGAUAUGUUUCAGUACUGAUUCAACACUGUGUUGUUGCAGGUUCUUGGGGUGGAGGCAGUGCGAAAGGCAGUAGAGCGUGAGAUGAAUCAUGUCAUCUCAUUUGAUGGCUCUUAUGUCAAUUACCGUCACUUGGCUCUGCUUUGUGACAUUAUGACGUGUCGAGGUCAUUUGAUGGCCAUCACAAGGCACGGUAUCAAUCGACAGGAGGUUGGCGCCCUCAUGAGGUGCUCUUUUGAGGAAACGGUAAGUGAUGUGCAUUAAAAUGGUUGAAACAUUAGCAUUUCCAACUUGGUACACAGUUACAUGUACUUUAAAGUACUUGAAGUGCCUCCGUCUCAUUUUUAAUUCACGAUGAAAUGUAAUCACCCCCCUCCCCCCAAAAAGAAACAAACAAACAAAAAAAUGUCACAAGACAAUUCAUCUUUAUAUGAAAUACAUUUUUCUUAGGAAAAAAAAAGGCUCGGAACCUAUCCCGCGGGUGCGUUGAUCUAUUACAUUUUUUUUUAAAUUCAAUAUUUAUCCAGGGGCAUCUAAUUUAGCAGAGCUAGUUUAAAUGGAGCCCUGACAUGUUUGUUCGUGCUCAGAGAAGUGAAAAAGAUCCUUUGUAGUUUUCUUUAUAGCUUUUGGCAGCGACUUAUCUGUGAAUUCUGUGUGACGUAACUCCAGUUUGGGGUGACUUGUCGUGGUGUGAAAUGACCUAUGUUCAUUUUUUUUUCUAAUCUAAGGUUGACGUCCUGAUGGAAGCUGCGUCGCACGCAGAGACAGAUUACCUGCGGGGUGUGAGCGAGUGCUUGAUUUUAGGCAAACUGCCCCGGCUUGGAACAGGCAGCUUUGAUCUGAUGUUGGAUGCAGAAAAGUGUAAAUUUGGAAUGGAGAUUCCUACCAACAUCAUGGGGCCAGGCAUGAUGGGUGGACCUAUGGCAGGUGAGAGUCCAGCUGAUUAAGAUAUAAAUUGUCUUUAUUGUGGGUUUUUUAGUGAGCUUUAAGAGGGUUUCAUUUGUUAACUUUCACCUUAUGCCUGCACUCAUAUUACUUUCGUAACACACCCUCCUGACUUGUGUCGACUGAGAUACGACCACUCAGAAUGCCUGGAAAUGUGCUCACCUAAGGAAAAGAGCUCACCUAUAAGGUCUCUUUGACGUAGCUUUUUGCUGUUGAAAAGGAGAAAGAAGAAAGAUAAAUGUACUGAAAUACAGUAGAUGUAUAUUAUUUUGAUCGUGCUGGAAAGACCAGGUCGCUGUCAUGAUCCGGAUGUUAACUGUCUCACUGAAUGUUUCUUUCAGGCACCGGAAUGUUCUUUGGUGCUGCAGGGUCGCCAACAGCAAAGUCACCGCAAAUGACGCCAUGGAACAACGGAGCCACACCUGCCUACAUUGACGCGUGGAGUCCUGGAAUGGGCAGCGGCAUGACUCCAGGGGCUGCUGGUUUUUCGCCUGCAGCUUCCGAAGCCAGCGGUUUUAGCCCUGGAGGCUACAGUCCUGCCUGGAGCCCACAGCCACACUCGCCAGCUUCUCCAGGCUUGCCUAGUAGCCCUUAUAUUCCCAGCCCAGUGGCAGCGAGUCCAAGCUAUUCGCCAUCAAGUCCUGCGUUUAUGCCAAGCUCGCCUUCCCUGUCGCCGGCGAGCCCGUCUUACUCGCCGACCUCUCCUGGAUACUCUCCAAGUUCACCAUCAACUGGAUACUCGCCAGCAAGUCCAAGUUAUUCACCAACAUCUCCAUCGUAUUCCCCGACUUCACCUUCCUACUCUCCCACAUCUCCUUCCUACAGUCCCACGUCUCCUUCCUAUUCUCCCACGUCACCGUCGUAUUCUCCGACAUCUCCGUCUUAUUCUCCAACUUCACCAUCUUAUUCUCCAACUUCUCCUUCUUACAGUCCCUCCUCGCCGUCUUACUCGCCCAGCUCUCCUUCGUAUUCUCCAACAUCGCCCUCGUAUUCCCCCACAUCUCCUUCCUAUUCGCCCACUUCCCCGUCAUAUUCGCCAACAUCACCUUCGUAUUCUCCAACGUCUCCAAGUUACAGUCCGACAUCUCCAUCUUAUUCGCCCUCUUCUCCCUCGUACUCGCCCACCUCUCCUUCAUAUUCCCCGUCAUCGCCAUCUUAUUCUCCCACAUCUCCCAGCUACUCUCCGCAGUCCCCGUCGUAUUCUCCAACUUCGCCUUCAUACUCACCAUCCUCCCCCAAGUACUCUCCAACCUCACCAAGCUACUCUCCUACCUCACCAAAGUACAGCCCCACUUCACCAACCUACUCUCCAACAUCGCCCUCCUACUCUCCUUCCUCUCCAAAGUAUUCUCCUUCCUCGCCAUCUUACACCCCUUCUUCUCCAACCUACUCUCCAACUUCCCCAACCUAUUCACCAUCAUCUCCGCGCUAUUCUCCAACCUCGCCUCAGUACACGCCUUCCUCGCCCAAGUACAGUCCUAGCUCGCCCCAUUACUCGCCAACGUCGCCCACGUUUACUCCAGCAUCAGCUCAGUACAGUCCAAGUUCGCCUAAUUACAGUCCGGCGGGAAGUGGGCCGUCGCCUUCUCCUCAGUACUCACCAUCUUCACCUCGUUACUCCCCGCCUUGAGACUACUUUUGAGUCACUGAAAUGCAGUCAAACUGCUAUCGCAAGAAAGGACUGAAAUAACACGGGGAGAGCCAAUGUAUGAAAAAUGCAAACUGCAACUUACGCUGUGCGUGCACGAAAUCAAGUACUGUUAACAAAAAAAAAAUAACAAAAAAAAGGUGCUUUACGUUCAAUGCAUGGAUAUUGCCUGUUACGUGAUUAGCAUAGUUCAUAAUUUAAGACGAUUUAACGAGAGGUUGUUUCUAUGGUGAAACGACAUCUCGAAGUAUUUUCAACGGUUUUUGGUGUACUGUAACGUUAUAAUUUGAGUACUCAUCUUACAUGUUUGAAAAACAACAACGACAAAAAAUUAGUUAACAUUCAAUACUUUUUUCAUCUCAAACUAAAGGAGUAAAUGACGUUUUCAUUAGUAAAUUAUAUUUAUGCGAAUCGUUUGUCAAAUAUUUGACCGUAAAGAGCUCGUCGAUAUUGAGAAAAUUUUGGUGAUAUUAGAGUACGCAGAUUUGAAUCGUGAAUUUUUUUGUCUUUAAUACUCUCUUUUUAUGUCUUGGUAGGAGAGAAUAAAAAUUCCUUUAAAUUUUAGUGUAAAAACCAAAAAAAAGUUUAAAAUGUGAAGAAAAGAACAACAAAACAUAUUUUAUGGAUAAAUGUCUCUUGUUCUAUGUGGACGCGAUAUUGUCUCAGUAUUUCAAUAGAAUAGGCUUGUAGCUGUUCAGUAAUAGAUACUCGCAUUAUCUAUUCUGUUCUUACUCACUAGAGUAAGUAACAAUUAGGGUAGACUGUUUCAUCAGUUAUGACUAGCAUUAAAAUUUUUUCGCUACCUAAGUUUUAAAUAAGGAAGUUACUUAUUAAUCCCUUUGCGUGGUAUCGCCCGUUAAAACCCUAAAAUAAUAAUAGCAAUAUUGGUAUCUUGAAAGCAGUUGUUGUAUAGUUUUGUUUUAAAACAAAACAUGAAAUAGUUAGUUUCGGUAUAUCCCAUGCCCAGCGCUAACUUGUGGUGGCGUUUAGACUCUGCCGGUAGUGUUUUUUCUCUUUUCCUUUUAUUCGAGAAUUGUGGCUUUUUUCGCUUACGUCACUGAAUUGUAGUAUUUCGAAAUUCUGGAUAGUUGCGUAAAAUACCACGAUCAAAAAAUAAGAAUUUUUUCCUGGUUAUGUUAGCUUUGUCAUGUAUCCAGUAUUGUAAUGCAUGUCAUGCAAUGAAAAUGUAGUUACGUCCCUUGUUUAGCUUUAAAAUGUGAUUAUCAUUGUUGCCAGCCUGCUGAUACAGUUCCCUUAAUCAUUAUUAUCCGUUGUGGACGCUCGACUGAGAGAGAAAGCAGCUGCUCGCUGUCACGAACGCAUGACCGUGCUUAGGUUGGCGUCCAGUAGAAGCGAGACAACGCUGUAUGUGCAGGCAUGGGUGCAUGCCCGAAUUUCUAGCUUAAGAGUUUUUUUGAAAAGUCUUCAUUGAGGCCGGGUAGCUGUAUUCCUUGGUUGAGCAGGGAUACCUUACGCUUCCUUUUAUAAUAAGACUAUCGCCAUUCAGAUACCAGCUGAUACUUUCUUGAGAGUUCUAUGUAAGAUCGACUUUUUUGUCGAGGGAGCAGAUUAUGGGGAAUCCCUGCAAGAUACCAGGAAUACUCAGCGUUAGAAUUGGCCUUAGCCUGUUCCACUGGGCGAUCAGUUGGUCGUACGUGGCUAGCCUAUAAGGAAAAUGACUGACUUUUUUUUUCUCCAGCGUUCUACUAUCUGAACGCCUGGAACAGGCUAAAUUGGCUUAUGAGCUGUAAGAAAUAUCUUUUUGAAAUAUUGUCAUUUCCUGUUGUAGAGUUAAAUAAAUAUUUUAAUUAAAGAACUUGUUUAUUUUA